AUGGCUUGCUUCUUGCAGCCCCGACAGUUGGGGUUCGGCACAAUUCUGGGUUGCGAAGCGGCAAUACAUGCCACGCGCCACUUCGCAACAGAACAUAAUAGUUCUCAUGACAUCAUCAUCAAGAUAGAUAUAAAAAACGCCUUUAACAGUGUAGAGAGAGACACAAUUCUGAAUGAAGUCCUAGAUCAAAUUCCACUCCUUUAUCCCUUUAUCUACCAAUGCUACGCCUUGCCGAGUAAUCUCUUCUACUCGGGUAACCUCAUCCAGUCACAAGUCGGCGCUCAACAAGGUGACCCCUUAGGACCUCUUUUAUUCUGUUUGGCCAUACACAAAAUUAUUUCCGCAGUAAGCGCGCCAUUGAACGUAUGGUACCUUGAUGAUGGUGUCAUCGGGGGCAGCCCAGAAGUUGUAAUUGAAAACUUAAAAACUCUAUUACCGGCCUUAAAAACAAUAGGAUUAGAAAUAAAUUCUACAAAAUGUGAAUUGUUCGCCUGCGGUAAUGUAACUCCCGAAACACUCACCAAUCUGGAAACAGUUCUGCCGGGAUUGAGACAGAUUGAUAAAUCCUCUUUCCAACUCUUAGGUGCUCCCAUAUUUUCCGAGGGUGUCAGCUCUGUAUUACAAAGUAAAAGGCAGGCACUCGCGGGGGCACGUGAGCAUCUGAAUCACCUGUCGAGACACGUCUCUCUCAUUCUUCUGCGGAACUGUUUCUCAGUACCUCGCACUACCUACACCCUUCGAACAUCCCCAACCUGGCUAUAUAUACAAGACCUACAAGCCUACGACGACACUCUAAAACUCAUCCUGGAAUCAGUGCUGAACGUAAGCUUGAGCGAAGAUCAGUGGCUUCAGGCAAGUUUACCCGUGCGUUACGGUGGUCUAGGUGUCCGUCGAGUCCAGGAUAUCGGCCUGGUGGCCUUUUUGGCCUCAGCAUUCGGUUCAGCUAAUCUCGUCUCACGUAUACUAGCUAUAGAUAGCACCGAUACCUGUAUACCAUUCGCAUCCGAUGCUUUAGCCAAAUGGGCCACAUUAUGCCCUUCCAACGACCGGCCGGAAAACCCGGCUGUUCAGAGGGGCUGGGACGAUAUCCUGUGCAGGCUCCGUCAAACUAACCUACAGGCUGGUGCCUCGGGAUACGAUCUAGCGCGACUCAAGGCGGUUUCCAAGCCUGAGUCGGGUGCGUGGCUGCAUGCCUUGCCUUCUCCUCAACUGGGGACACUGCUGGACAACGAUUCCCUAAGAAUCGCAGUGGCCUUAAGGCUAGGGAGCAAGGUGUGCAAUGUUCACCGAUGCAUUUGUGGGGCGUCAGUUGAGGAGAACGGCCACCACGGACUCAGCUGCCUACGUUGCGCCGGUCGUUUCCCCAGGCACCACUCGAUAAACGAAAUAAUUCGUCGUGCGAUGCUCUCGGUAAGUGUUCCGUGCCUCCUGGAACCGCCAGGUUUGUCUCGAACCGAUGGCAAACGUCCCGACGGGCUGACGCUGGUUCCUUGGCAGAGAGGGCGGUGUCUUAUAUGGGAUGCAACGUGUGUGAGUACAUUUGCUGCAUCCCAUAUCAGACACACAGUUAAGACGGCAGGCUCAGCAGCAGAGACUGCCGCCAAAAACAAACGCCUGAAGUACUCUACCUUGGAAGCCACUUAUGACUUCGUGCCCUUCGCGGUUGAGACAGCCGGGCCCUGGGGAAGGGAGGCGCGUGAACUCUUCCGAGAGAUCGGAAAGCGCCUCAGGGAGAAAAAAAAAGAUCCCCGUUCUGAGUCAUGGCUUGUCCAACAGGUCUCCAUCGCCAUACAGCGGGGUAACGCUGCUAGCGUGAUGGGGACCUUUGGACCCGGCAUGGCCCAGAACGGGUUCCUUUAG